UGUGGAUUCAAUCGUUGCUCUUGUGCGGUUUCUCAGAGAAACGUAGAGGGGAGUUGUUUCCAGUGUUUCUUUUCGUUAAAAAUCAACUAAAUGUACAAGUUUUGUAUGAAAAAUUGUCCAAAAUCUCAUCUACACGCUGUAAAAUUUGGGUGGAUUUGAUCUGAGGUGAUAUUAAGGUUUGGAAGUGGUUCUGUUUACGAGUUAAAACUUGGGGGCUUUCUCCUGCCGUUCUGUGAAGAGUAGCUAGCUACUAACACCUUCAGAGUGACUGAGAUCAAUUUCCAAGCAAAUAUGGGCGUCUAGCUUGUGUUCACAGUGUUUCGUAAUGUUUUUGCGCCGUAAUUCAUACCAACUUUACUACAUUUUUAGUGAAAUUUAGUGAAAUCAUGAUGGUUAUUGUGGGGUAGUACAUGGCAGUUUGAGUGGGUAACAGUGCUCGAUAAAAUGUCUCAGUUUUGCCUUAAUUUUAGGGCGUUGUGUUUGGAGAUUUUGUUGAAAGACAGGUGAAGACUUGCAAUUUUGAUGGCAAGUCAGUUUUAAAGGCAUGGUAUCGCCCUCUAAAAAAAAGAGGACCGAGAGAAAAGGGAGGGAAAUUCAGCCCCAAACUCCCCUAAACAACGAUAAUCAACCUGACUCGAAAAAAACAGUAAAAUCGGCUCGAAAACCUCUAGCAACAAAAAAGGUGUACCUCGAUAUACGCAGUAACGCCGUUUCAACCAAACUUGAAAAGGACUUGAAACAGCUUGGAGCCCGCAUCGAACAGUUCCUAGACGCCGAAGUCGACUACUUUGUCACCGACCGUCCCGUACCCAAAACAGCUGUUAACAACAGCAACAACAAAACAGCUGUUGGCAACAACAAUCCUAACCUCAACAACAACUCUCCAGCGCUAACACCGUCUCCGUUCACCCCGGGAGGAGCUCCUACCCCUUCGCCGUCUGCCGGCCUACUAAGCGGUGGUGGUGGGGGUUGCAGCAGUGCAGUAGGAGGGCCACUGCUCCCCUCCCCUUGUCCUUCCCCUGCUGCUGGUGGUGGUGGGGGAAAUGCGGCGGCAAAUGGCAGGCCGGCGUCGCAUCAUCACGUGACUAGGUCCCGCGCUGAGGCGAUGCUAGAUUGUGUGCGUGACGUCAUCACAUUGAACAAUCAUCAUCAUAAUCAUCAUCCCAGCAAUCAUCAGUCAUCGAUCAAUCACCACUCGACAGUCGACCCCAUCGAGAACGCCAGAGCGCUCAAUGUGCCCAUCUAUCAGGUGCAACAGUUUGUGAGGUGGGUGGAUAAGCUGGUGGCGCGUGUGAGGAGCGGAGCAGCAGGAGUAGGUGGGGGGUCGUCGCGAGUGAAAGUGCUUAGCAAGCAGUUUGUGAAGUUGGAGAGUGUGGCCAGGCGGAGGCCGGAGUUCCGCGAAUUGGACGCUUGGCCUGAGCUGCGUUACGAGGGAGCCUUGGGCGGCCCGUUCGAGCCAAGGGAGGCAGCAGCAGGGGGACCAGGGGUUGGGGCGAGAAGGGGUGGCAGACAGAAUAAUAAUGCCAACUCAGCAGCAGCAAAUAACAGGCCGACAACAGAGCAGCAGGUCAAGGCAAGGUCCACCAGGCAACGGCAAGAGGCUGAUAGGUACGAAUGACGCGCAAAGACUUGACGGGCGGAGGUGGUGGAGAAGGGGGCGGUGCUAAGGGCGGAGCCGGAGGAGGAGGCGGAGAAAGGGGCGGGGGCUACUGUGAGAUGUGCUGCCUUGAGUAUGUGGGUGAUGUCUCCUC